CCUGGCAGCUGCCAGAUCUUCUCUGAGCGCUGGCGCCUCGUUCUCAGAAGCUCCGGAUCCAGGCACGCGAGGGCUGCUUUUUCAGCACCACGCUCUGGCUGAGGCGGGAGGACUCCUGUUUGUCCUCCUCCUCUACAUAUUGGCUUGACUCUGCUCUGACCCCCACCAGUGCCGCACAGUCUGGAAAAAAAGCAGAAGCAUGGUGAAGCUGAACAGCAACCCGGGAGAGAAGGGGGCCAAGCCGCCUUCCGUGGAGGACGGUUUCCAGACUGUCCCUCUCAUCACGCCCUUGGAGGUUAAUCAUUUACAGCUGUCUGCUCCCGAGAAGGUGAUUGUGAAGACAAGAACAGAAUACCAGCCGGAACAGAGGAGCAAAGGGAAGUUCCGGGUGCCGAAGAUCGCUGAAUUUACGGUCACCAUUCUUGUCAGCCUGGCCCUCGCCUUUCUCGCUUGCAUUGUGUUCCUGGUGGUUUACAAAGCCUUCACUUACGACCACAGCUGUCCUGAAGGAUUUGUCUACAAGCACAAGCGCUGUAUCCCCGCCUCGCUGGAUGCCUACUACUCAUCCCAGGACCCCAGCUCCAGGAGCCGCUUCUACACAGUCAUCAGCCACUACAGUGUGGCCAAGCAGAGCACUGCCCGGGCCAUCGGGCCAUGGCUGUCAGCAGCUGCUGUCAUCCAUGAGCCCAAGCCACCCAAGACGCAGGGCCAUUAGAGGCCUGCCCCAGCUGGGAUGGGGGGUUGUAGAGAGAGGAACUCCCCACUAGUUAAGCAAGGCUGGAGCUACAAGACAACACUGUACUGCUGGGGUACGGGGUGGGGGCGGGGCAGGAUGGGGUCUGGGGAGAACUCCCCGAAAAUAUUGUGCACUGGAGUUGUCUGAAUCGAUCUUUCCUUUUGUCCUUUCGUAUUGUUGCUUCGUACCCAAGUCAGGCUCGUGUACAAAGGCAUGUUUCGUGUUGAUUGUUCCCAUGUAAGAUAUUUUCAAAGCCGCAGCUUAUUCUUUGUUAGGAUAAUUUAGAGACAGAAAGGGAGCCGGAUAAAAUGAAUUAAAAAGCAUGAAACGGGCUCCAUGUGGAAGACACAGCAGGGCAGACACAGCAGAGCCUCUCUGGGGCUUCUUAGACAGGACACCACAGCUUCUGUGUGGGCGUCCGAGUAUCUGCGUGGCAAGGGUGGGCUGUUCGGUUUUGCCUGUGGUCUGCAGGAGAGGAGCAAAGACAGGAAGGCUGGAUUGGAAAGAAAGGUGAUGUUGGCAUUUCUAAACCAGGAAUGCAGAGAGUACCACUCAAUGGUGAGCUUGCAAGAUUUGCACAAACUCACGGGGGAGGCAUCCACGCUCAGCCCUAGGUAGCCCAUGGGGACCUAGGCUCCGAAUGUUCGCAGGGCGGCUGCUGGGCCUCAGCAAACACAGGCGUGAGUAGAUGUUGUCUUUCUUUUAUUUUUCUAGGUGUAUCCCUAGAUGCUGCCCGUGUUUUCAAGAUGGCAGGGGUGGAAAGGGAGAGAAAGGAAGAGAGGUGACAAGAAGAAGACAGGUCAGGCGGGCCACCCUGGGCCCAGCUAAAAGCAUAGGCACCCGGGUUUCACAGUUUUGCUCUUUCCCAAAGCGCUAAUGACAGCAGGAAGGACAAUUGAUUUCUAGCCAGGAAACCUGACAGCCUGGAAGAAACUUGAAGAUUGGACUGGCAGUGGUCAUUUCUAAAAGAAGCUGGAGAAGGUGACGUUUUUGCUCACUGUGUUGUGUUGACAGAGGGCCUAUGUCCAAACUCUCCAGCUAGGUUCUAGAAGCACCUGACAGGGAGGUGUGGCCAGCACCCUGAAGCUUCCCACCAGCACUUUAGCAGGGGCCUCUUGCUUCUCAGGAGCAUUCCAGGAAAUCCCCCUUUCUGUGGAGGUGCUGGCUCUAGGCUCAAGAGGACGAGAACUGGCCAGGAGAAUUGCCCAUUUGAUAUGUGUUACUGUUUCCCAGUGCCUCUCCAACAGGCCGUUUAAGGGUACUUUUUUGUGGCUUGCUAUAUUGCUGAAAUUAUUGUACACAGCAGCUGGGUAAUAGGAAUAGUAUAGUAUAGCUCAAACCAUCCUGCCAGAUACUCUCAUCUGAUUUCUCCUCCCUCCCCCCCAUCCUCCCAUCACCUCGAGUCACCUGUAAAUUCAUUUGUCAUCUGAAACGGAUCAACAAAUUGUCCCUAGCAAAACCACAGAGCGCUUUAUAAUUUUGUGGUGUAUUUUUGUCAGUAGGUAGCAGAGGCUGAAGUAUUUUUUGGUGUAAUUCUUGAAAUUUUCUGACAGGAAAAAAAAAUAAACAUAGAUGUGUCUGAGA